AUGGGUUCAUAAUGUUGUUAAGGAUAACCCAAAUCUCUCAACUACGAGAUCGUCAAUGACAGCAUCAAGAACAGUUCUUUGUUCAAACAAUCAAUACACAGUCUUCCAUUCACUAAUAAAAUGCCAUGCAAUAACGAUGAAGUAUUAGAGAUGAAAAAAGAAAAUGAAAUGGGACUGCCUCCCAUCAGUGAAAUUGCCAGUCAAGUCAUUGAAGUCGAAAAGGAGAAACUGCAAUAGGAUUUAUCAUAAGUAACAGUAGCCCAAGAUCCCAAAUCAUCCAAUAAUGCAGCUAAUACAUCCGAUCAAUAAAUUAAAGAAGGCUAUAUUGGUCGGUCUCAAUCCACUCCUUUUAAGAGGAAAACUCUCACUUCAAUCGGCACAGUCAAAUUGGGGGCAGAUGUGUUUAUAAGUUUAAAAUAAGGGAGUAUUGGCAAAUUUUACUCAACUGGGUCGACAUUGGGAGCUGGAGCUUAUGGAAAAGUGUGGAAAGUUACUCAUAAAACCACCGGGUUGAUUAGAGCCAUGAAACAAAUCAAAAAGUCUUCUCUAAUUCAAGAAGAAUAAUAGAGAUUAUUUGCUGAAAUGAAUAUACUCAAGAACUUAGAUCAUCCUCAUAUAGUGAAACUGUAUGAAUUGUAUUAAGAUGCACAGAAUUACUAUCUAAUAACUGAGUAUUUGAGUGGAGGCGAACUCUUUGAGAGAAUUAAGGCCAUGACCAUUUUCAAUGAAAAGAAGGCAGCCGAAUACAUGAGACAAAUUCUCUCUGCUGUGAUGUAUUGUCACGAAUAGAAGAUUGUACAUAGAGAUUUAAAACCAGAAAAUAUAUUGUUUGUUAAUGACUCCUCAACCUCACCCUUGAAGAUUAUCGACUUUGGGACUUCCAGGAAAUAUGAUCCUUCUAAAAAAAUGACCAAAAAACUUGGGACACCUUAUUACAUCGCCCCAGAAGUAUUGAAGCAAGACUACAAUGAAAAAUGCGACAUCUGGUCAUGUGGAGUCAUUCUGUACAUUUUGUUAUGUGGAUACCCUCCAUUCAUCGGAAAAACAGAAAAUGAAAUUAUGAGGAAGGUAGGAGAAGGAAAAUUUGAAUUUGAUGCUGACGAUUGGAAUUAAAUAUCGAAAGAAGCCAAGAAUCUAAUUAAUAGAAUGUUGCAUGUAAAUCCCAAUUUCAGAAUAUCAGCCAAAUAAGCCCUGAAUGAUGCCUGGAUUGUAAAGCAUUGUUCAUAAACUACUACCAACCCCAAUGUCAAUUUGAGGGUCCUGUAGAAUCUCUAAAAGUUCUAAGUAUCCUUCCACAUUUAUUAGGCCAAAUCCAUUUUUUCCUAGGCUGUGCUUUCCUACAUUGCAUUUUAAAUGACAAAUCAAUUAGAACAGGACGAGUUGCUCAAAACCUUCCAAAGUCUCGAUAAGAAUAAUGAUGGAAUAUUAUCCAGGGAAGAAUUGAUAGAAGGAUACAAUAAAAUCUAUUAAGACAAGGAAAAGGCAGAACAAGAAGUUAUCAAAAUUUUGUAAUUGAUAGAUUUGAAUUAAAGUGGUUAAGUGGACUUUUCAGAAUUUUUGAUGGCAGCUAUGAAUUAAGAGAAGUUGGUUUCUUUAUAAAAAGUCAAGGCUGCAUUCAAAGUGUUUGAUGCAAAUGAUGAUGGCAAGAUCUCUAAAUAGGAAUUAGAAUAAAUGAUUGGAACUCUAGAUUAAGAUUUGUGGGAACAAAUUCUUGAGGAAUGCAAUGCUAAAGAGUUCAUAACAGAAAAAGAAUUUAUUAAUAUCUUACUUCAUUAAAAAAUUUGA